GGCAAGCAAGGUAGGGAUAAACCGGAUAAAAUCUUUUACAUUUUAAAUACGCCUUUUAAAGACAUUUAUUUAAACAAUUUUUUAAGAUCUGAAUUAAGAAAAGCAAGAGAGAACACCUGGAAAUUAUCAUAUGAGUGUUAGUUUAUAGCUGAGACUUAACUUAGCUUUUAGUUUUAGACUUAGACAAGUUAGAGUUAGAGAGUCGUUUGACGUGCAGGGACUGAGGAGACGCGAGAGGAUCGGACUCCGGAGACGGGAGUUCCACGGCAUAUACAUAUAAGGAAGAUAUAUCAAGUCAAUGAUGGCCAAUACUGAAGGAAUUAGGCAUCGGAAACCAGAGUUGACUGAGGAUGAUGGACAAAAUGAGCCUCCCAAGCAGAUGAAAAGGAAGAUGAAGAAGCAAGGAAUGAUGACAAGAUGCUGUAACUUAUUUUCCAGAGUAUUUAAGAUCACCUUUGUGAUAGUGCUUGCAUUGACUAUACUCAUCACACUCAAAUCAUCCCCUGCAGAACCUGAGGCAUUUGAGUUACCACCUCCUCGGCCAUGGACUGGAGCAUUGGCACCAAACAACAAACUCCAGAAAGCUCAGAAACUACUAGAAGGAAAAAUUAUUGGACCUGAAUCAUUGGCCUAUAAUAAAGGUCGCAUUUACACAGGUACCUAUGAUGGUAAAGUGGUAGAGAUUAAGAAUGAUAAAGACAUCAAAGUUAUUGCACAGCUUGGUACUCCUCCUUGUGGCACCAGAGAAGACGAGAUUAAAUGUGGCCGUCCAUUGGGGAUCAAGUUUAUUGGUGAUAAGCUCUACAUGAUCGAUGCUUACUAUGGGCUUUUUGAAAUUGAUCAUAAAGGAAAAUCCCUUCCUGUUGAAUUGGUUUCAACUCAGAGAAGUUACAAAGGACAUCAGAUGAGGUUUGCAAAUGAUUUUGUAAAGCUGGAUAAUGGAGAUUUCCUCUUCACUGAUUCUAGUUAUCGCAAGUAUCGUAAGGACUAUGGGAUACUUGCAUUGGAAAGUAAAGGUUGUGGUAGGCUGCUAUGGUUCAAUCCGGUGAAUCGUAUGAGUGACCUAUCACUGGAUAAAUUACACUUCCCCAAUGGACUUCAACUAUCACCCAAGAAAGACUUUCUCCUCAUUGCAGAAACAUCAAGAUACAGAAUAUUAAAAUAUCACUUGACUGGACCUAUGACAGGAUCAACAGAAGUCUUCAUUGAUAAUCUUCCAGGGAUGCCUGAUAAUAUCAGACCUAGUCGUAAUGGAGGCUACUGGGUGGGUCUGGCAUUUGCUAGCAGCAGAAGAGGGCUUCUAACGGCAGACCUACUUGCCCCGUAUCCUUGGAUUAGGCGUCUUAUAGCAAAACUCAUUGAUCCUACUCAAAUAGUGAAUCUGAUGCCUCAGUAUGGUCUGAUCAUAGAACUGAACCAGGAAGGUGAGAUCGUCCAGAGUCUUCAUGAUCCUACAGGAAAGAUUGUACCUUCAGUCAGUGAGGUUCUUGAUACAGGAAAAGCUCUCUAUCUGGGUUCCUACCAUGCACCUUACCUACUAAAGCUAGAUAUGUAAUGGUGUAUUGUAUUGCUUAAACACUUCAUGAUUAUGAAGUACAAUAUAUGCAUAUCUCUUUUAUUUAAAAUGUACUUUUUUAUGUCUUUCCCCAGUCAGAAUUUCAUUUUGAGAAGUGUUAUCAAUCAUAACCAUGUGACAACUGUUUUGUUUUAUUUUUAGUGCAAUCCCUGGCAUGUAUAGUUUUUAUUUGAAUCUCUAAAAAUAGAUGAUAGAAUUUGCAAAAUCUCAGGUUGAUAAGCCAAAGGCUUGAUGUGCAUCCACUUUUUAUUAAUAAUGUACUGAUAGAAAGAUUAUGUUUUUGAUUGGUUGAACCUAAAUGGGAUCAGUACUAUAAAAACACAUAGGAUGAAUGUUGUAUUUUCACUUUUAGUCAAAAAACGAGAUGGGAACCUUCUAAAGGCUCUGUUUUUAUUUCUGUGUAAACCCAUUUCUUGUGAUUGAUCUGAAAUGAAUUGCAGUUCUAGCAUUGUAUUUUAGGAAAAUAUGGAAUUAUGAGUGUACAUGUGUUAUGAAGUAUGGAUUGCUUUGAUAAAAAAAAAUCAAUCAUGAAGAAACACACAUGUAAUGUUGAUUGUAGGAAUGUAUUUUUGUGUGUAGGAAUUGACUGAAAGUAGUAAUGACCUAUGUCUCGUGUGUUUAGUUUGUAUUAGCAAGUUGGUGAGUUUCCAACAUCACAGUUUACCAAUUCACCAAAGUUUUCUAAGACUUCAGGAGUAGUGUUUCCAUUGAAUGGAUUUCAAUCAGUGUACAUGCACAACAUGAUCUACCAUUCUAGGAGAAAAUCAUGUACAAAAUUUGUACAAUGACAAGUGAAUCCUGCAGAUUGCUUGAAGGAAUACAAGGACAUUUUAUGGAACCCUCUGUUUAACAUACAUGUAUUACUAAAUAGUGAAGUGUUUCUAUUUCAAAGAAAGAAAGAAACAAUUUAAUGUAUGUGUGUUUUAUUUUGUUUAUGAAAUGCAACAGGGGAAACUUGUACACUGAUGUAUAUCCCAGAAUAUUGGUCUUAAAGUUACCUGUUCAAAAUUAAAUCUGUGCAAGAAAAAAAACACUUGUUGUUCUUUAUGACAUUUAAGGCUUGUCUAGACAGGACAUAGCAGAGCUUAACAACAUAGCUCAAGAACAUUUUGUGUUUGAAGUCGACGAGUUGUCAGUUAUAAAAUACAAUUUUGCAGAGGCAAGAGACAGCUCUAGUUUUGCAAAAUAACAAGAGUCACUAGUAUGAUCAGAUUUUCAGAUUAAGUUGGUGCAAAAUGUAUACCUAGACUUGACUGGAUAAAUACAUUUAUGAUAUCUAUCAAAAUGAUUUUACGACAUCUAGUGAUUUUAUCAAAAAUAAAUAUUGAACAGCAAAUUUGUACAGGAGCCUAUGGGUUUCAAUCUCAAUCCUCUCAUAUUGAAUAGGCAUUUGAUGUGCAUUUUUAAUGUAUCGUUAAAAUACUCUAUAUAGAUAAUGGGCAAUAUCUUUAUAUAGACUUGAACUGUUCAAUAUAUAUUUAAGAGCAUAAGUGUGGUGAUGUUUCACCAUACCUGAACUCUUACAAGAAAUGUCAAUGAGUUUUGUUGUGCAAAGGAGUUAACCACUUGGUUAUUAUUAUCCCCAUGUGAGACUUUAAAAACAUCAGAUAAAGUUAACUGGAAGAGGAUGAAGAUGUACAUUUUGCAGUUUGGUUGAAGCAAGUUUUGGUACCAUGGUACUUUAAAUAUGAAGUACUUUUUAACAUAUGGGGCAUGGAAGGAAAGGUAUUUUCAGUUGCAAAUCAAUUGUAAUUCCUUACAUCAAGCCUGAUGGGGCCGGCAUUACAUGAAAGUUUGAGUUGCAAUUGCUCACAAGUUGACUGCAAUUUUGCAUUUAAUCAAAGGACUUACACUUGAUUUUGUGAUAGGCUUGAUUUGGAAUUGAAUGUUAUUUUUUUUUUGCAAUGCCCCAUUAGUAACAUGUCGCAUUCCUUUCUGCACAUUAGUCAAGCAUUUCUUUGCAGAAGCACAGCUCAAGUUAUUUUGUUACUGGUUGAUUUGAUGUUGAUUAGGCUGAUUUUCUAAUUGAGCUGGUGCUAGGACCAACCUCUAAAAUUAUAUAACAAAUAUCAUGUUUUUAAAGUUAGGUAAGUCAGCCCAGUUACUCUCAACACCAAUACCAACAAUGAACUUGAAAUAACAGUAACCAUUGUCUUCCAGUUAUUGCUUGGUAUGUUGUUUUGUAUAUUUGUGGAUGACAAGUUAGGGUUUCAAAUUUCAGAUUGCUUUUACAUUCUGUGUUUCCUGUUGUUGUCUGGUCUUGUGAUAUACUAUGUACUAUCAUGAAUUUAAUGUAAGAUUUUAUAUUGUCUCAGCAUAAAUUUUUACCUUUCUCCUGCAUUUAAUGAUGGAUUACAAAUAGCAGAUAAAACGUAAUGCAUGAUACGUAAAUUGUUCAGACAACUUAGACUUGCUCAAGGCUUGUUGGCUAUAGAAAUAUGAUAAGUAAGAGUAUGCAAACUGGAACCAAAGUAUUAAGCAAAUUCCUGUCACUAGCACCUCAUGAAAUAAGAUUCACAUGCAUGACUGCAGUCAAAUCAGAUUAUUGAAAUUUCAUACAAAUAGGUCACAGUAUACUAAAGGUGAGUUGUAAAGGGUACACAAACAUUUCCCCAAGAAUACAAACAAGUGUAAUUACAUUUUGACAACCAAAUUAUCAAUGGAGAAUUAGAGUACUUAGAAUAAAGAACCUUGCAUCUGUUUAGAAAAUUCAUCCGUUUUGAAAUGCCCAUUUGACUGAGAUAACCCAUCCAUAUAUUCAUGUUAAGUGUUGAGGUGACAGUAUACUAAUAAUUAAUGUUUAUGAGUGCAACAGUCAGAAUACUUCACAAAGUGAAAGAUGAAAUGAUCCAUUCAAUUAGGCAUAGCCUUUUAAAUGGAUCAUUCAUUUUAUCUUUCACUGAAUGAAGUAUUUUGUCCAUUGCACAAAUGAAAAUAACAUUCAUUAUUUGAUUUAUAUGACACUUAAAAAUAGAGAUCCUUUUUCGUUUUAAAUUCAUGAAUUUUGAUGCAAAAUAUACUCAUGCAGUACAAGCUUGGUCUGUUUAUUGUUGCGUACAUACAACACACGCACUGCAAACGGGAGUGUUUUUGCUUGUGGUGCCUGAAUUACGUCAUUUUAAAAAAUGGGCUGAAUGAUCAAUAUCAAACAAUCAAAUGGCAAGGGUAUAUCUAGGUGUCAUGUAACAUGUAAUAGAGCAUGUGAAUAGAAUAGUUGAAGUUGGUGAAGAUAUGUUUCUAACUUUCAAUGGGUGAUUUAAAGUGGUGUUGCUGUUUAGAUAAAUGUAUAACCAGCUACUGAACUUGGCUACUUGGCAGAGCAAGUUAUAGUAAUAAUUUUAUUGAAAAAACCCAACAAAGUAUGUUGACACUUCAAGUUAGGUGUUAUGAUUGGUGUUUGAUUUGCCCCAACACCAGCAUUUAACACUAUUUGAAAUCACCCAAAGCUGCUCUGUUUAUGCAUUGAAUUUGACUGUAAUCGUCACUACAUUUAUUUGUACAUGCUGUGUUGUUUUUUCAGAACCUGUAAGGUUUUCAUCAACAUUUGUCAAGUUGUCAGAUCUAAGAAUUUUCCUUGGUUUUGAUUGGAUAAGAAGAAUUAGGAUGACAAAUUUUUAGUGCUUACAACCUUAGUGAAAACAGUCCCUAGGAGUAAAUAGGAUAUUAUUGUAAUUGCCUUUCCUGUUUUCACUCUUUCCAUAAUUUCAUUAAAGAAAUAGAAACCUCUUCAAAGAGGAAAGGAUGUAAACAAAUAAUGACAUGUGAGCAGCACUACUAACAACCUCAGUCUUCCAUACAUAUUUAAGAUCAGCCAGUACUAUUCACUGAUGUUUGUUUCUUGUACAGUUUUGGUUUAUGAAAUGAUAGCAAAACAUUAGCUGUUAUGUUGUAAUGCUACCAUAUUUGUUUUAUUUAAAUACAUGGUACAUGUAGGAAUCUUGAUAAUAUUUUUUUUUGUAAACCAUGGAUCAUGACAGCAAUAAAUGGCCGAGAUAUGAAUUAA